AUGAAGCUGGCUUUGUGCGCCCUCUUGCUGCUUUCGAGAAUACAUGAGUCACUCUCUUGGCUUUCAUCGCAUGGACAAUGUUUGACAAAGUCUUCACUUCGGAGUUCAUACGAUGAAAUGGAAAUCCAAGACUUUGACGACGGAGAAAUAUUUGAAGACGACGAUGAGGUCUCCUACGAGGAAUUGGAGGCACGCUUGGGAGACUGGGACGAACGAGUUGCCCGUCUCAACACCGUGCACCUUGUUGGUCGAGUUGGGAAUUCUCCAGAGCCUCGAUAUUUUGAUGACGGAAAGGUUGUGCUGAACUUGAGUUUGGCUUGCCGAAGGAAAUAUCACUAUGCAGAAAGGGGGGCGAUGGGGAUCAAAAGUGGAGAAGAGGAGACGGAUUGGUAUGGUCUUGAACUGUGGGGCCAAACUGCCGAGUACGCGAGUAAAUAUGUCAACAAGGGGUGCAGGGUUGGAGCCAUCGGAACAUUGCAGAUUGAUGAAUGGAACGACAGGGAGACGGGAGAAAAGAGAAACAAAGCAAAAGUCGUAGUCCGCGAAUUCGACAUACUCGAGACUAGAGCAGAAGCUGACUUGAGAAGGCAAAAUUCCCGAGGCCCAUCCUUCUACACUGGGGACGACGAUGAGUAUCAUCCCUCAAAAGGGAGCUCUGGCGGCUUCUUCGACUAA